AUCGCUAAAUUAUCCCACUAAAUCAUGCCAAACAUAAAAAGCGGGCUCUAAAUUUUUGUUUGGCGCCUCUCCAAUUUUACCAAAAAAUUGGGCAGCAUACAUAUCUAUCUAUUGAAAAAGUGAAAAAAAUAAAAAAAAAAUAAAAAAAGAAAAUCAACCUAAGCUAUAGCGUGGAAGUUAUAGGGUUCUAUUCUAAAGUGUAAACAGUAAGCCAUUGAAACAAAAAUUCUCAAAAUUCUUGUGCACUCAAAAUUCUCAAAUACCUAGCUAUUGAAGAUUGAUUCAUGGUUAAUUGGUGAUUUCUUUGGCGGAAAUUCAAGAAUCAAUUGUAGAUUAAGAGGUAAGAACUCUAAUUUCUUUUGUUUUCGUCUUCUUAAUUGAUCAUUUUUCUGGGCUCCAAUUUGUUGUAAUCCUUUGAAAUUGUUCGUUGUUUGAUGUGACUUUGAUUUUUCUUUGUAUUUCCUACCUGCAAUUCAUGUGUUUUUCUUGACUACAAUUGCUACAUUAACUCUCUAUUCUUAUUAUUUUUGUGGGAUUUUCUCUAAUGUAAUUGGGGCUUUCCUUCUGUUCGGGGUUUUGUUUGGAAUUUCAAGAUCUUCUGGGUUUUUGUUAGGAACUUUCUUAUAUCUUCAUCAUCCUACUUAGAUAAAAGUAAAAUAAUCUAUUGAUAUUAAUUUUCUGUCUAAGAUCAGAAUUUCCUUUGAUUAAAAUUUGAAACUUUGGUAUUAUGUUUAUUAUAAUAGUGAAUUGAGAUUGUGACCCACUAGUGCUGUAAUAUAGUUUUAAUAUUUACACAUGCAACUUCAAAUAUGAGUUUUUAGGUAUUAAUUAUUACUUCUAUGUUAUUAGUGAUGUGCUGUGUGAAGUAUAACAGUCAAUAGAUGAUUGUGAUUAAGCAAAGGAUAGUUACAACUUGCUUUUUAAUGGAAUUUUCUAAUAUACACAAAUGAACUAGUUGUCUUAGCUUAGUUUAAUCCCUAAAUUACGUAGAAGGUCUGCUCCUAUAAGUUUUCUUUAUGAUAAAAGCAAAGUGUUCUUGGUCCUACACUAUUUAGUUAAAGAGUCUUAAGUGUCUUCCUUGGAUAUAAUUGACUUCUUUGAAUUUUUAUAUCUAAAAAUUGAUUCUUUAAGGUGAAACAUGACUGCAUAUAUACUAAUUGACACAAAGAAUGAAAAAGACAAAAAAAAUAAAAAAGGCUUUGUCAUAACAUUACAAAUUUGAGUUAAGGAUGUUCCUAAUUAUAAUUCUUAGACUAUUAUUGUAUAUCACCAUAUGGUAUAGAUAAUUAAGUUGAGGAAACUAUUGCAAAGUUGAGUCACAUGAUAACAUUCAGUUAUAAGUUAACUGUUGGCUUUAUGAACAAAAGUCUCAUAGACAAGACCUUCAACUUUUUUUUAAGUUGGAUGAGUUAUUGUUAUUCUUACCUGACAGAGGGCGAUUGCAAUUUCUGGUCCAAUGACCCGUAUACCUUAACAUAGUAUAUACCUUAAUAAUUUAUCUAGAUAUAGUUAAUAGUGUAUUAACAUCUUAUUUCUUUUUACCAUUUUAAGAGCUUAGAGUAUCUAUGAGAUUUAUAUUCAUAUUGCUUCUAUAUGACCUUGUUAGGUUAUACUGUUAUAAAUCAAAGUUAGAUGCCUUUCAUUGUGGCUUCGAGUCUUUUUUUUUAUAGUAUACUUCAAUGGUUGCUUUUUUUUUUUUUAAAAAAAAAUUUGUUUGUAAGGAUAAUCUUAUUUGAAAAGCAUGGAUAUCGAUACAAGUUGGAUUGAACUACCCAAUAACCAUCCAACUUAUAUUAGUGGAACUAUCAAAUUCAUUAAGUUGGCUAAAGAAGGGCUUGUAGAUGGAAAAGCUCUCUGCCCUUGUAAGAAAUGUAGGGUGGAUGAGUGGUUGACAAUACCAGAAAUAGAGGAGCAUAUUUUGUUUCAAGGUUUUGACAAGCGAUACAAGAUAUGGAUUUUUCAUGGCAGAGGACCAGUCCUUGAGCACAUGUUUAGUGAUCAGCAUGGUUCAAUUGGGGAUGUUGCUGGAAGCACUAGUCAACGGGCUCAACAUGGGGUUAUAGGUCGAGAUGAUAUGAGAGGAUUCUUAGGAUAUGCUUUUGGUGUUAAUAUGUCCAAUGUGAAUGAGCUUGAACCUGUAUAUCCACAUCAUGUUGGAUCUAGUGAUCAAAGUGAGCCUAACUUUUUUUGCCAUUCCUCGAUUAAUGAGCCUACUCCAUCCGCAACACAAGUGAUGAAUGAAAAAGAAAAAGCUAACUUUGAGAGACUAUUAGAAGCUUCAAAUAAGGAAUUAUAUGAUGGAUGUAAGACAUUCUCUAAACUUUCAUUUCUUGUGCGAAUGUUCCACAUACAGUGUAUGCAUCACUUAUCUGCUGAGUCCUUUACAAUGAUUCUUGAACUCCUAAUUGAAGCAUUUCCUCAAAUUAUGGAGUUCCCAUCUUCAUUUUAUGAGUCCAAGAGAAUGAUUAAUACCUUGGGUCUUUGGUAUGAAAAAAUUGAUGCUUGCCCUAAUAAUUACAUUCUCUAUCGAGGUGAACAUUCGGACAAGGAUGAAUAUGAUGUAUGCCAUGCUUCGAGAUGGAAAACAACUAAGUCUAAAGAAGGUAGUACAAGUGGGGAAAAUAAAGAUGUAAAGAAAGAUAAACCUGCGAAGGUAUUUCGAUAUUUCCCUUUAAUACCAAGGUUAAAAAGACUUUUUAUGUCGUCUAGGACAGCAGAAGAUAUGAUAUGGCAUGAGAAGGAUCGCGAUAAACAGGAAGGUAUAUUGAGGCAUCCUGCAGAUGCUUCAGCAUGGAAAGAUUUUGAUGAUAAAUAUCGUGAUUUUUCUUCUGAUCCCCGAAGUGUGAGACUAGGGCUUGCUAGUGAUGGUUUUAAUCCUUAUUAUGAAUACCACGCAUAGUACAUGGCCAGUGGUGUUAAUGAUUUAUAAUCUCCCACCAUGGUUAUGUAUGAAACGUUCUUCAUUUACUCUUUCCUCUAUAAUUCCUGGAAAAUCAAGUCCCAGAAUUGACAUUGAUAUCUAUUUGCAACCUUUAAUGGAUGAGUUGAAGUUAUUAUGGGAGGGAGUAGAUGCAUUUGAUGCUUACAAAAAACAAUAUUUUAAACUGCGUGCUGCUCUAGUGUGGACAAUCAACGAUUUUCCAGCUUAUGCAAUGUUAUCAGGGUGGAGUACGAAAGGAUAUCAUGCAUGCCCUUCUUGUGCCCAUGAAAAUCCUACUGUAAAGUUGGCAGGUAAAAUGUGUUACAAAGGGUUUCGAAAGUGGCCAUCCAUUGAUCACCCGUAUCGAUUGCAAGCCCAUUUGUUUGAUGGGACACAAGAGUAUGGUCUUGCUCCAAGCCGUCAAUCAGGGACUGAUGUUCAAACUCAUCAACAAGAAGGGGUUGCAUAUACAUAUGGGAAAGGGAAAAAACCUUCUAAAAAAAAGAGAGCAAGACAAGAUGAUGAUGAUGAUGACGAAGAAAAUGAUGAUUCUGAUGUUUUGUGGACCAAAAAGAGCAAAUUUUUUGAUUUUCCUUAUAGGGAGCAUAAUCCUCUUCGUCAUAGUUUAGAUGUUAUGCACAUUGAAAAAAAUGUGUUACAAUUUCUUAGUCACUUUACUAGAUGUAGAUAAGAAAUCCAGGGAUAAUGAAAAAGUUAGAAAGGCAAUGAAAGAAAAAGGAAUAAAGCCACAUCUUUGGAUAGUCCAAACAGGCAAUCAAUUAUGCCUCCUGCUUCUUAUUCUAUGUCAAAAGAGGAUAAACUACGAUUCUUAAUGGUAUUCCAUAAAUUAGGAGUUCCGGAUGGAUAAUGUUAUAACCUCUCAAGAUGCGUGAAUAUGAAACAAAAAAAGUUUCAGAAUCUUAAGAGUCAUGACAACCAUGUCAUUAUGAAAGACCUUUUGCUUGUAGCUCUACAAGCUUCAAGAACUAUAGAAAUUGUUGAUUUGGUGUCAGAGUUAUCAUCCUUUUUCAAAAUUGUGUGCUCUACCACCCUUGAUGUGAAAGUGUUGGAUGAGAUACAAACCAAAAUUGUUUUAACUCUUUGUAAGAUGGAGAUAGAGUUUGUACCGACAUUUUUUACAAUCAUGGUUCAUUUGGUCAUUCAUUUAGUGGAGGAAGCCAAACUUGGUGGACCAGUCCAUUAUAGGUGGAUGUAUCCUAUUGAAAGGUACUUGGCCCAUUUGAAAUCAUUUGUGAGUAACAAAGCGCAACCAGAAGGGUUAAUUGCAGAAGGAUACCAUUUAGAAGAGAUGAUUAACUUUUGUUCAAGAUACUUAGAAGAAAUUGAGACCUUAUUUUAUAGGCUGAAGAGAAAUGACAAUCAUAUUCUGGAUACAAGUGCUUAUUUAUUUAAUUCUGGUCGUUGAUUCAUUGGGGCGAAGAAAAUUGCUCGUUCAGAUAAUAAAAGUCUAGAGCAAGCACAUCACUAUGUUUUACUUCAUUCUGAUGAGAUGGCUGAAUUUCGUGAUGAGUUCUUACGCCAGAAGCGAUGUGAGAAUCGAUUUAGAGGAGUACGAAGUGACACAAUAAUAGAGUACAUAACAUAGAUAGCAGUAGUGAGCAAGGGAAGCUAAGGAAAGCUUUAGCAAGUGGUUUAUAUGAUCGUACUACAGAGUAAAAAGGCUUUGUAAUCAAAGGCUACAAGUUUCUGGCUGUAGACCAUGAACUCUACCGCAGGACACAAAAAUUCAGGAGUUAUGGUCGAGGCAGAUGGCCAGUUUUACUAUGGAAAAUUCAGGAAAAUAUAUGAAUUAAGUUAUUAUGGGACUUAUAAGGUUGUGGUGUUUCGGUGUGAUUGGGCAGACAUUAGUAAGGGACUGAAGAAAUAUAAGAAUGGGGUACUUCUAUCAACUUUUCAAAGUUGAUGCAUAGUGGACGAUUAAUGAAAGAUGAUCCUUUUAAUUUUUCAUCUCAAGCGAAACAAGUUUUUUAUGUUGAAGAUGAGAUAGAAAAAGGGUGGUUACAUGUUAUAGAAUCUAAGCCUAGGGAUUUUUUUGAAAUGGGAGAUAAAUAAUUGAUGUGUAACUACUGUUUCCAUUUUGAAUGUUGGUAUUACAUGCAUGAACUGAAAUUUCAGAUUUAAUGUACCAUUUUAUUUUGAGUUUUGUUUAUUAUUAGACAAGUUUAUUUGCUAUAUGUAGCUUGAAACUUUUUUUUUUCAUGAAAAUUAACAAGUUUAUGUGUAGCAGCUGAAUAUGUUACGUAGCAAAAGAAUCAGGAGCAAUUAUGGUAAUGAUCAAGGUCAGAGAACCGGUCAAGGAGCAGGCCAGGGAACAUGUCAGAGAACAGGAAUAGGUCAGGGAACAAGUCAAGGAGCAAGUCAGGGAACAAGUCUAGGAACAGGUCAGGGAACAAAUCAAGGAACAGCGUGUAUAAAUGGUGGAGGUUCAAGAAAGAAUGCCAAGAGAAAGAAGCGCUCCAUUCUUGUAAAUGGGAACUCUUCUACUGACGAAGCCCAAGAUUGGAGUGAUGAUGUUAACUUUGAUGAAAGAGAGGAUGUUCGUGCUAUUGAUUCUGAAGGAAAUGUGCAGUUAUGGAGUGGUUCUAUACAACCACAUGAUGUGUGGUUUCUUGAAAAAGGAGUCAGAUUUGAAGUUAUAUUCAACGGAUUUUGCCAACCAAUUAGAAAGGGCGGAUCAAUUAUUGUGAAAUUCAUUUCAAGUAUCGCAAAGAAAGAUGAUAUUUGUCCUAUAAGAGAUGUAAAUUGGCGAAAUGUGAAUAAAACAAUACUAGGUGAUAUUGUUAGUUUGAUUCGUGAAAAAAUCAUCAUUCCAGAUGGUAAAAUAUAUGAUGAUGCAAUGCUUAAGCACGUGGGUAAGCAUCGUAGGCAGUGGAAGUUUGAGCUCAAAGCUAAAUAUUUCAAUCCCACAGUACGAACCAGAACACAAAUUGAAAAUGAUAGGCCAGGAGGAAUUGUUCGUGAGAAUUGGCUUCCGUUGGUUGAAUAUUGGUUUUCAAAUAAAAGCAAGAAUUAUUCUGAAAUCGGAAGAGAAGCACGUGCUUCUUUGGGACAUCUACAUACUAAUGGUGCUACGAGCUUUGCUAAUUCAAGAGACGAAUCUGAGAUUGAGCAUGGAAGAGAGCCCGGUGCUUAUGAGUUUUUUUAUAAAACUCAUCAACCAAAGAAUGGAUGCUAUCCUAACAACACAAAUACUGGAGAAUUCAUUGACAUGGCAAAAAAAAAGGAUUGAUUCAAGUGCUGCAAAUUCAUCAACUCCGAAGCCUCAAGAAGUGAUAGAGAACGAAGUCUUCAAUGAUUUGAUGUACGAUAAGGAUAAAAAAAACCAAAGACCAUUGGGUUAUGGAUUUGGGGUGAAUCAUAAUGACAUGUUUGGAGUUCAUGCAUUAUUGCGAAAAAAGGGGCACUUCUUAUAAUAGUAGCAAUGACCAGAUUAUGAAAGCUGAUUUUGCAAGGUAUAAGAGGCAUACCACAAACCUCUUAAUGAGUCUGACAACACAGAUAACUAACGUGUUGGAUGCAGUGCGAAGCGGUAAUGUCUCCAAUGAAAUGUUAGAUGCUACUUCGACAGCAUUACGCUCCAUACAUGCUCAGAAUAUGGAAAAAUCAAAUGGAGCUGAUGAUGAAGAUGAAGACGAGGAUGAAGAUGACUUGGAUCUUUCUACUUGAUUGGGCAUGGAAAAAUAGCACAUAUAUUUUGCUCAUUGAAUAUGGGAAACAAUACAACAUACAUUAUGGAAUAGGAAUCUGUUUUUUUUUUUGUUGACCAUUGUUACAAAUGGAGAUCGUUAGUGAACUUAAUUUCUUGUUUAGAAUUUUAGCAUUGUCGGAAACUAUGAUUAUGUUAUUUUGAUGAUGAACGAAUUUUAAGUUUAUGUAUGGAUUGUCGGAGAUUGUGGUUUUGUUAUUUAUAGAAUGAGAUGUGUAGUACUACUUUUCUUAUUGUUUAACUUUUACUUAUUUAUUA